UUGCCUGAAAGGUCUUGGAUCAUUUUGGGAGGCUAAUGACAGAAAUCUCAUUUGAUCUGAUGGCGCACAGACAUUGUGUCCUGCACUGAAUCUGGAUCAAAGUAGGGCCAACAGCAACGUGGCUUAUAUCCAAACAGACAGCAGGAAAUUACAUUAAUUUACCGCUGCAGCCCGGGCAUCACGUCCUUUGAUCAACCCACCUCUUUUCACUCAAGAACCCGCUCCUCAUUUCAGUCCCGCUUUAAGUCCGAGUGUUAAAAGAGGGUGGCAGAAGAAGGGAGGCGAUGGAGAGACAGGACUCAGCAGCGUGAGUUGGCUGAGGUCACCCUCGCAGCAAUAAGCCAGAGGGAAACACAGCAUGGACGCCGCAGCCAGUGUGUGCAACAGCAGAUCAGGUUGUCCUGGAUCCUACAGCUGCUUCGUGGGACGCUGAGGACGAGGACGAGGACGAGAUGACCAACAUAUCGGUCUCCACGGUAACAGACUCGUACCCGUCCACCGGCUGGUCAGUGGUCUCCGUGACCCCGGCGGUGAGGAACGUCACAGACUGGGAGCGGGAUGCCCUUCUGGCAGUGGCAGAGGUCGUGGUGCUGACAGUCAUCUUGGUGAUGGCGCUGCUUGGCAACGGGCUGGUGCUGGUAGUGUUGCUGAGGCGGAGACAACACCACAACCCGCUGCACCAGUUCAUGCUCAACCUGUGUGUGGCCGACCUGGUGGUGGCACUUUUCCAGGUGUUGCCGCAGCUCGUGUGGGAUGCCAAAGGCCUAUUUCCCGGGCCGGACUUCCUGUGUCGCCUGGUGAAAUACCUGCAGGUUCUCGGAAUGUUCAGCUCCUCCUACAUGAUCGUAGCCAUGACGAUGGACCGACAUUACGCCAUCUGCUGCCCCCUGCUGGCGCACCGCAGUGUGGCCACUCAACGCUGGAACAGCUUCAUUCUGCUGGCCUGGGGCCUGUCGCUGCUGCUCAGCCUGCCACAGGUUUUCAUCUUCUCCCGUUCAGAAAUUGCCCCGGGGGUCUUCGAUUGUUGGGGCAACUUCGCUGAUUCCUGGGGCCUCAAAGCAUACGUGACCUGGAUGACCCUGGCCGUCUUCAUCCUCCCUGUCCUCGCCAUCACGGUCUGCCAGGUGAGAAUCUUCAAGGAGAUUCGCAACAAUGUGUACCUGAAGUCAGAGCGCCGCCUGUCACCUGCCCCGCUGCCCCCAACGAGACGGGAAAGCCAGAGAGGAGGAGGAGGAGGAGGAGGAGGAGGCAGCAGGGGAGGCUCCAGUCUCUCCGUGUGUGUUUCACCACCCGCGCUCAACCGCUCCAGCAGCGACACCAGCUUUGACCCCGAAUCCAUCGGUCAGACCCUGCCCAUGGGUCCACUCCACUGUGAGAGUCACGCGGUGCCCUCUGCGGCCCCCGGGCCCCCGCCCAAAGGCCCCGCCGCCCGCGGCAGAGGGGUAUCGGCGGCCAUGUCGAAGACGGUGAAGAUGACGCUGGUCAUAGUGCUCGUCUACUCGCUGUGUUGGGCCCCUUUCUUCAGCGUGCAGCUGUGGGCCGCCUGGGACCCGGACCCGCCUCAGAAUGGUGCAGUGUUCACCUUGCUGAUGCUGCUGGCCAGUCUGAACUCCUGCACCAACCCCUGGAUUUACUCGGCCUUCUCCAGCAGCGUCUCUCCGGAGCUCCGCCUGCUGCUGCUCUGUCGCACCAACUCAAAGCGGCGGUCCUCGAUACCCAGCGACUCGACUACCACACACACGUCCAACUACUGAACACACACACACACACACACACACACACACACACACACACAGCGUGGAAGGAAGUACAGUCAAUGAACAGCAGUCUCACAUCACUUUCUUGUCCAGGUGAGAUAGGGUGGUGUGGAUGAUAAGUUAGUUAUCAUCUUUCUUUUCCAAAGAAAUAGUUCCACAAAACCCCUUUUAAAAAAUGUUUACACAAAUUAAUGAAUUGUGUCAAUAAGUGUGCUUUAGAGGUACACACCCCCACCUCAUUUGGCUAUGGCCAGUGGUUUCCAGUAAAUUAAGCGAUGCUAACCAGCUGCCCACUAGGCAAGGAUUCCAUUAUGGCAAACACUGCAAAUUGUAUUUAAUUGUUGUAAAAGCAGGUGUUUGACGGAAAAAAAGAAGAAUGUUUUAUCCACACAAACCUGAAUGAAUUUUUAAAAAAAAGUUUAUUCAUUUCUCAAAAGUUCAUACAUACAAAACAUUCUCAAAAAAGAAAAACAUUUUACAGAAACUGCAAUUUAUUUUUCACAAAAAUGUGCUGUGGUUCA